AAGAAUGCAGCUGCUGGAAGGACGUCUUCAAGUUUACCUUUGUCAACCCUCCCUCGGCUGCCCUAAACUUUUCUUCCCCAAAAUUUAUGCCUUUGUCACCUGUAAAUACAAACCCAUUGAAUAAUGCAAACUCUAUGAACACUAAAGUUGAACCCACAAAUUUUAUGUUACCCACAUCUUAUGCUGAAGAUGACAAGGUUGCUAAUGCCAUCACUUUAAGAGGUCCAUUAUCUGAUCAGUUCGAACUACGACAGCAUUUGGGGGAGCAAAGAAAUGACAGAUUCCAAUCUGGAGUUACCAGUGGAACAUUAGAUGCAAUAAGAGAAAGGAUGAAGAGUAUCCAGUUUGCAGCCGCUGCUGGGAACCCUGAAUCUGGAAACAGGUCUUUGAUAACCAUGAGUAGCAAUGCAACCCAUGGACUGCCGAGUCAGUUUCCUCUGGCCACAUAACGAGAUAGUACAGAGACUCCUAUGCAGAGUAGGGUUCUUCCUAUGGAUGGGAAGGCGUUAUCAGGGUUGCAAGCAAGGAUGCAGAGGCUCAAAAGUGGG